AUGCUAACUGAAGACAAUUGGUAUCCCAUCAAUAUCCUUCGAAAUGCUGCGAGAUUGUUUGUGCCGAAACAAGCUUUGAUGACGCUCAGUGAUGCUCAAUUUAUGUUUUCGUUUAAUUUCGAAACAAUCGUAAAAGAAUAUGUGGCUUCCGAUUUGAUCGAUAUGACACAUGAUCUGUUAGUUUACCGAAUUUUUGAAGGGAUCCCGGACGGGCUUGGUGGAUAUCCGUUGACGAUGGAAGAAUUGAAAGGAGCGUUUGACAUUUCUACCGUAAGGGUAUUUCACGAAUUGACAGCUAUUGAGUCCCAUUGGAUACCAGAUUUGGAAUAUUGGUUGAGGACUAGGCGGGCCAAACGGACCAAGAAAUAUAGAUAUCUGGAUGCCGCAUGGGAACCACAAUUUGUUGCCCAAAAUAACGUGCCGUUUCAUGAUGAAGCAUUUCCUUAUUUGAUCCGAGACAAUGCCAAUCAGCGCUGGACAUUAUGUAGGGCUGGAUACCGCUUCCACGUUAUGAACAUGGCAUUUGCGAUCCACCCUGGAUUUAAAAAUCCUGGAGAUGCAGGCUCGACUCGAGAUGACCGCCAAGUUGUCUUGGCCAGAUAUGCUAAAGCUGUCACCGAAUUUAAUGCAUAUAUGGAUAAGAAGUAUCCGGAUACACGGAAUAAAUGCCCACAUAUGGAACCAGAUGAUCGCAGUCGGAAAGCGCUUCAGGAAGAGAACAUGGUUGAAAAGUAUUCAAGCGCUGAGCGUGAGGCUCUCGUAAAAGCAGCAGAACAAAGACAGCUAAAAGAGAACAGAACAUUAGAAGCUCUGAUUCCCGGAAAUGAGACAAUGAAC